AUGAUGGAUCCUAAAGGACUAUUUCAGUUUUUCACCAAAUUUGGAGUAGUGAAAGAUAUGUUCAUUCCAAACAAGAGAAGGAAAACGUCAAACUCACGAUUUGGUUUUGUCAGAUUUGAUUGUCCGGUUGUAGCAAGAAUCGCAGUUCAAAAAGCUAAUGGGAUUUGGAUUGAUGAUAAAGUUUUAACAGUCAAAGAUAUAGAGUAUGGGAAAGACGAUGUUGUGGUGAAAAAUCCAACGCAUGACCAGACAAUUAUAAGCAGAGCACCUAGUGCUGGCGGAAGGAAGGAUCAAGGGUCAGAUGGUAAGUUGAGGUCAUACGCGGAUAUGGUGAAAGGGAAGGAAUCAUUAGCAUCAAAGCCAAGGAGAUUGGCAAUGGGUGGCUUAACGAAAGUUUAG